AAAGUGUCUCGGGGUCUGUCUGCGGUCUGACAGAGCGUAUAAAACCACAGCUGGCCACUCGAUCAAUUAUAGUCCAAUUUGUUUGCUCAAAUCACACUAAACUCAGCCUCAACAUGUUCAAGCUGUCCGCUCUCGUUGUCCUCGUCGCUGCCCUCGCCUGCAGUGUGGCAGAGGCCAAGCCGGGCGUUGUCGUGGGUGCCGCAGCAGUUCCUGCAGGUGUGGUGACUGCCACCAGCUCCCAGUAUGUGGCCCGCAACUUCAACGGAGUCGCCGCUGCCCCCAUUGUUGCUCCAGUGGCUGCUGCCUACACUGCCCCAGUGGCUGCUGCCUACACUGCCCCAGUGGCUGCUGCCUACACUGCCCCAGUGGCUGCUGCCUACUCCGCAUAUCCCUAUGCCAGCUAUCCCUAUGCCAGCUAUCCCUAUGCCGCUGGCUACACCACCGUCCUGUAAGAGGCUCUAAAGGAUCGACAACGGACUGACAACUGACUCUGGAAUGCAAUAAAAAUACACAAAUUCAACUCAAA